AUGUCAAUGGGAUGGCAGUUCACUCAACAAAAUCCGCCUCCACCAAAUUAUAUUCCUACGUCAAGCUACAACUCCAAUUAUCAAUCUCCUCCAGUUGUAGUUAAUGAAAAUUACUGGAAUAUAAGAGCGAUUAAGAAUGAAGAAGAAUCGAAAAAAGGGAAAGGAUCACGGCGUUAUAAAACUCCAAGUCCACAACUUCUUCGUAUGAGGCGUCAAGCAGCAAACGCGCGUGAACGUCGUCGAAUGAACAAUCUCAAUGACGCAUUUGAACGGGUUAUAAUCCGAAAUGCUUAA